UCUUAGUUUUGUGUUGCUUGUCGUGUAUUUGUUAUGAUUGAGAGUGUCACGAAACGAGAUUAGGUUAAGAGGUUGUUGCUAACGUUUAGUAAAUGAGAUUCGUUACAAAUGUCUUCAGAGAAAGUUGGUGAGACGAAGGAUACGGAGGAUUCUAAACCAAAUCCAUUACCAUCUGUGUUGAAAACCAAAUCGAAGGAUGCAGUUAAUGAAGAAACGAAUAAGAGUAAACGUGUGGUUUUCCAGGAAAAGCCUGUCAUUAUCAACAAAACUGUAUCAAAGAAUGGAGAGAACACGAAGAACGAGUCAUCUGAUUUUGAUAAACAGAAAGAGAAGAAAGAUCGUGUUCGUCCGCCGACGAAGGUUGUUGUUCGGAGGCUUCCACCAACGAUGACGCUCGACGUGUUUGUUGACCUUGUUUCGCCUCUACCAGAGCAUGAUUUCAUUUACUUUGUUCCUGCAGACAUGAGUCUGGGCAGCAAUGCAUUUUCGAGGGUGUACAUAAAUUUCGUAAACAUGGCAGAUCUGCUUACCUUCCAUGAGCAGUUCGACAAUUAUGUGUUUAUGGAUAACAAAGGGAAUGAAUAUCCAGCAGUUGUUGAGUUUGCACAGUUUCAAAGGAUACCCAAAAAACGUCAGGGGAAAAAGAGAGAUCUAAAAGCGGGUACAUUAAAAGAUGAUCCUGAAUAUAUUGCAUUUUUGGAAACACUAAGAGAGAAAAAGGAAGCCAACUCAUCAAAGCAGACUAUUGAUGUGGUUGUACCUCCAGACAAGCCAGCACCUAAAAUAACAACAACUCCUCUACUGGAAUACAUUAAACAGAGGCGAGCAGAGCAGCAGAAGUUACGUGAUGAGAAACGAGAAGAAAGGCGCAGGAAGGAAAUGGAACGUAAGAGAAUUAAGGAUGAAGAAAAAAAACGACGGAAGGAUGGAGAGUCAGUUUUGAAACAGGUGUUACGCAGUCAUGAAACUGAAGAUAAUGAAGACAAUAAAAAUGGGAAGGAUGUGAAGGAGAAAGAAUGGUCACCAUUGCCUCAGGGUCCACCGAGUAGCAAGAGAAGAGAAGAUGAUAAAUUAAAACAGCGAGAAGAGAAAAAGAAAGAGAGGCCUGUACCAGACAACAGGACACGUGAUGUGAAGAGCCGGGAAAGUGGGCCAAAAAGCUACAGAGAUGAACGACAAAAACUUGCUGAAGGGAGAAUACAUAGAAAAUUAUUAGAUGACCAACGGAAGAAGGUUGUAAAUGAGAGGAACCAGAAUACAAAAUCUGGGGAUGCUCAUGCCAGUCAAGAACUCGAUAAAUCUGUUUCUUCAAAGGACACACAUCCCAGAAAAUCUUAUAAGGAAAUGAGAGAUAUAGAUAGAAAGGGUGGUAAUGAAAGACACAGUAGCAAAGAUGAUAAAAAUAUUAAAGAGUCAGAAAACAGGAGAAGUUAUCGAGAAAAUGAAGGAAGAAGACAUGACAGAUAUACAUAUGGAAAAGAUGCAGAACAUAAGAGGAGUGGCUAUGGCAAUGAACACAGGAGGUCAUCUAAUUCACAUAGUGAAUCAGAGACAAGGAAAAAAUCUAUAGACAGCAAAGUUCAAGAAAAAGACAUCAGUGCUAAGAAACUAGUUGAUGACCCUGGAGAGCCUACUGAUGGUGCCUCAGAGGACAAAGAAAAUAAGGAACAGUGUCAUGAAGAAACUGAACAGGAAGCAGUGUCUGGUGUUGAAGAUAAUAGUGCACAAUUAGACAUUGUUGAAGAAGCAGCUAGUCAGCAGGAUAACAAGAAAUCUGCGAAGAGGAGCAGUUCUGUGGGCGGACAUGGCAGUAACCAGUCAUCUCAAGUUAAGGCCAACGAAAAAAUAAUUGUUGAUAUAAAAACGAAAGCUGGUCAGCCACUGAAAAGAAGUAAUUCACUAGAUUUUACUAAUGUUUGUAUUGAUUCAAACAGCAAGGGCAUAGAUACUGUAGUGCAUGAAAAAACUGAUAAACCGGACAAUUUAUUAACUGAGGAGACUGUUUCCAAGAAUGUUAGCAGAGCUGAAGACAGAAAAACCUACCAAUUUGAUGACAAUAAUGAACAAAAAGGAAGUACCAACCCAGAAAAUGGCAUGCUCCUUCCCGACUGUGGUGAAAAUGAUACAGACAGCCACAACAUUAACACAGAUGAGGAAGCAGUCAGCUGCAAGGAAGAAAAAGAACAGACACUAGAUCAAGAGAAUGGAGAAAAUCAAGACCAGGAAGCAGACAGUGUGCAGAAUAUAAAUGAAAAUGAAAUGUCUGCUUGUGAAAACUGCGAACUGAGAGAUGACCAGUCUGUGAACAAAUCCAGAGAUGUAAAAAGUAAUGAUAGUUCAGUCUCUUCCACAACUUCGGGGAACGCAUCUGGCAAUAUUACAGAAUCAGAAAGUAAGCGAGAUCCUCGUGCUGAGAGAAGAAUUAGAAAUAAGGAUCGACCAAGUAUCGAAAUCUACAGACCAGGUAUGGGAAGAUUCAGUAUGCAGCGUAAAGAACGUGAAAAAAGUGCAGUUACUGGUAGUAGCCUGGAACAGGAUUCACCUUCGACAAGCCCAUCUCCUUCGCCGUCUUUACGCCCAAUUUCUGCAAGCAGAAGUAGGGCAGGCCAAGAACUUCGUUCCAUGACCUUCAAACGUAGUGUUAGCCGUGAAAAAUAAGCGCAGAAGCAAAUAACUUUGGUAAUUACAUUUGAAGCUGCUUCUCUGAGGUGGAAUAUUUUACUCCUGGUCAUGUCUUUCUGUGUUGGCGCCCUAGAUGACUGAAAUACACAUGCAUGUAAUGGAAAUGUGUUAUUACCUUCAGUUAAAAACAUGUUGUUCUUGAUACAGAUGUCAGUGAUGAUUGUGAUGGUACAGAGUGAUCAUACAUGUGGAUGAUAGCUAAUGCUCAGUGAGAGGCUGACAUAUGUAUCUUAUUGACUGACAAGAAUUCUUACUUUGAUUUUCAGAUAAAUGAUCCAUUGUACAACAGCAAUGUAAAUUGUAUGAAACAUCUUUUAAAUUUGUUUUCAAAAAGUAAAACAGAAUGGCAAAGACGUGGCAAGAAAAUCUCUUUGUAUAAGUAACUCAGAAACAAGAGGAAUUGUUGACAUGAAACAUGAUAGUUGUUGAGGAAAAUAAUAAAGAUGCUAUUUCCAUCA